AACUUCGGCUGCUCUAAUGGCUGCAUAAACCCUACUGCUCAACUCUACACAUCUCCUCGGCUCCAUCACUGCACCGUCUCAGCUCUCUCUCUCUUUCCACAGCCAUGGAGGGCGUUGAGUUCGACGCUCUACCUCCUACCUACGACCUCACCGGAGAUGCUCCCGAUUUCUGCGACUCAGUCCUCGCCCGUUUCGGGAAUUCGCGUCAGGAGGACCACCAGCGCCUCUGCGCCGUGAUCGGCGCCAUGUCGCAGGAACUCAGGGACCAGAACCUCCCGCGCACCCCGGUCGCCUACUUCGGCGCCACCUGCUCCUCCCUCGACCGCCUCCUUUCCGCCUCCCUUCCCGAGCCGCACGUCGUCUCCUCGCUCCUCACUCUAUUGUCCAUGCUCUUGCCCAGUGUUUCAGCUGCUAUCCUUAAAAAGAAGAGAGUGUUCCUGUCGGGAACUCUCAUGAAGGCUCUUCAAUGCGAUUCUUUAUCCCCUGCGGCCAUUUCCUUCGGGUUGAAAUGCGUUUCCCACUUAAUCGUUGCCGGAGGCGAUGGGAAUUGGUCCGAGGUAUCUCAAUUGUACGGAGUUUUGCUCCGGUGUAUGACGGAUUCGAGCCCAAAGGUGAGAAGGCAGUCACACUCAAGCCUUCGUGAUGUUCUGCAAAAUCUCCAUAGAACAUCAUCUGUGGUUCCUGCAAGUGAAGGAAUCACAAACACGUUCGAGAGAUUUCUUCUCCUGGCAGGCGGGUCUAAGUCAGAUGCUACGGAAGAACCAAAAGGAGCUCAGGAGGUCCUUUAUGUUCUCGAUGCACUUAAGGAGUGUCUCCCCUAUAUGUCGUUGAAGUACACAAAUGCAAUGCUCAAGUACUUCAAGACUCUCUUAGAACUUCACAAACCCCUCAUAACAAGGCGCAUCACUGACAGUUUGAGCGUUCUUUGUCUCUACCCAGCUUCCGAAGUGUCCCCUGAAGGACUACUAGAUUUGUUAUGUUCUUUAGCUCAUUCAGUGUCCUCAGGGGAAACAUCUGUGGAUGCACUGACUUUCACAGCUAGAUUACUCGAUUCAGGGAUGAAGAAAGUAUAUUCUCUGAAUAGACAAGUAUGUGUCGUCAAGCUUCCCACAAUGGUCAAUACUCUUCGGGAUAUUCUUGGAUCUGAGCAUGAGGAGGCCAUAUUUGCUGCCACCGAAGCAUUCAAGAAUCUCAUUAAUGCCUGCAUAGAUGAUAAUCUGGUCAGGCAGGGAGUUGAUCAGAUAAGGGUGAAUAUGGACGAUGGAGGGAGGAGGUCUGGACCAACUAUCGUCGAGAGGAUUUGUGCUACUGUUGAGAGUUUGCUGGACUAUCAAUUCAGUGCCAUCUGGGACAUGGCCUUUCAAGUUGUCUCCACUACUUUUGACAAACUAGGGAGUCAUUCUGCUUAUUUAAUGAGAGGUACCCUUAAGAGCUUUGCUGAUCUGCAGAAGCUGCCUGACGAAGAUUUUCCAUACAGAAAGCAGCUGCACGAAUGUGUUGGAUCAGCCCUUGUUGCUAUGGGACCUGAAACUUUUCUAAGCCUUCUACCCCUCAACUUGGAAGCUGAUGACCUAUCUGAGGUAAAUGUCUGGCUGUUUCCCAUUCUGAAACAGCACACAAUUGGUGCCCAUUUGAGCUACUUCACAGAAUCAGUUCUGGGUUCAGUGCGUCUAAUAAGGCAGAAAGCUCAAAAGCUUGAAAAACAAGGGCAUAUAUUUUUAUCGAGGAUUGCAGAUGCCCUUGUAUAUUCUCUAUGGUCAUUGCUGCCAUCAUUUUGCAACUAUGCAGUGGAUACUGCUGAAACUUUUAAUGAGCUGAAGACGCCACUUUGUAUUGCUCUGGAUGAAGAACCCGAUGUUCGUGGUAUAAUAUGUUCCAGCUUACAGCUUCUCAUAGAGCAAAAUAAGAGUGUUCUGGAAGGGCAUGAACCUCUGUCUGCUGAGAUUGGCCUUUCCAGAGCGAGGGCUAUGUCUCGUUACAAUAUGCAGGUCACUACUGAUAAUUUGGAUGUACUGAGGUCAUCUGCCUGUGAUUUUUUCCCCAUCAUGUCUCGUGUAUUUCUGAAGUCUUCAAAAGAUGAUGGGGGUUGCUUGCAGUCUACAAUUGGGGCAUUUUCUUCCAUAGCAGAUAAAGGAGUAGUGUCAAGGUUAUUUAUUAGUACAAUGAAGAAGUCAUUAAAAAUCACUGAAGGAUCUGUAAAAAGGCGCAGCUCAGGCAAUGCAAGUGCUAUGGACACUAAGGAUUCAUCAAAAGAAAGUUCACCAUCUUUUGCAAGGGCGAAGCUUAUUGACCUGGCGGUUUCUCUUUUGCCAGGUUUGAAUGAAGGGGAGAUUAGUCUUCUGCUUAAGGCUCUACAGUCUGUAUUGAAGGAUAAGGAUGAAGGUCUAAUCCAAAAGAAAGCAUACAAGGCUCUUUGGAUCAUUCUGAAGAAUUGUGAAGGAAUUCUACUCUCAAAGCUCAAGGAGUUACUAGACUUCAUGGUCGAAGUGAGGACUGAAUGUCAUUUUUCAGCGAGGCGUCACAGGCUUGAAUGCUUAUACUUUCUAAUUGUCGGUUCCUCUAAGGAUGUUUCUGAGAACAGAAGAUGGGAAACAAUUGGCUUCUUGUUGGCUGAUAUAAUAGUGGCACUGAAAGAUGCCAAUAAGAAAACAAGAAAUAGAGCCUAUGAUAUACUUGUUGAAAUCGGUCAUGCAUGUGGGGAUGAAGAGAGAGGCGGCAGAAAGGAGAAUUUGCUUCAACUCUUUAAUGAGAUAGCGGCAAAUUUGACCAGUGGAAUUCCGCAUAUGAUCAGUGCUGCUGUGAAAGGCUUGGCCCGCUUAACUUAUGAAUUCUCUGAUCUCAUUUCAUCGGCGUUCACUGUCCUCCCAAGCACACUUCACCUCAUUCAAGUAGAGAAGAACAAAGAGAUAAUUAAAGCAAAUUUCGGUCUACUGAAAGUACUUGUUGCAAAAUCUCAACCUGAUGGGUUGCAAAUGAACUUGGAAAGUAUGGUGGCAGGCCUGCUUAAGUGGCAGGAUGACAACAAAAACCAUUUCAAAUCAAAGAUCAAAGUCCUGCUGGAGAUGCUCAUCAAGAAAUGUGGUCUUGAUGCUGUGAAGGCUGUGAUGCCCAAUGAACACAUUAAGCUGCUUACUUAUGUUAGAAAGAUCAAGGAGCGGAAAGAGAGGAAGCGAUCCACUAAUUCUGAAGAAAGCAGAUCUCAACAUUCUAAAGCAACCACUUCUAGGCUAAGCAGAUGGAAUCAUUCCAAGAUAUUCUCUGAUUCUGGUGAUGAAGAAACUGAAGAUAAUGACACCGACUACAUGGACGCUGAGGCUGUUACAAGCAGACAGAGCAAGGCUUCUUCUCUGCCUUUGAAGUCAAAAGCUGCUGCUUCGUCAAGGUCAAAGAGAUUGCGAGGCGUGAAGAGCCUGCCAGAAGACUUGCUAGACCAGCUAGAGGAAGAGCCACUUGACCUGCUUGAUCGUCAGAGAACAAGGUCGGCCCUCAAAUCCACAAAUCAACUCAAACGGAAGGCAGAAUCGGAUGAUGAAAUGGAAAUAGACUCCGAAGGCCGGCUGGUCAUUCGAGAGGGAGGAGAGAGGUCGAGGAGAAGAGCCUCAUCACCUUCUGAACCUGCCUCUGACACAAACAGCGAAGCUGCCUUUAGCCACCUCUCGACUGGCUCAUCGAAGAAGGGCCAGCAGAAGAGAAGGAAGACAUCAGAGUCGGGUUGGGCCUACACCGGUAGCGAGUAUGUGAGCAAGAAGGCCAAGGGAGACGUGAAGAGGAAGGACAAGCUCGAGCCUUAUGCCUACUGGCCGCUUGACCGGAAGAUGAUGAGCCGGAGGCCCGAGCAUCGGGCAGCAGCCAGGAAGGGGAUAGCGAGUGUGGUGAGGAUGACGAAAAUGCUUGAGGGAAAGAGUGCCUCGAGUGUUCUUGCACUCAAGGGCCGGACAAAGAUGAAGAAGAGUUCAAGGAAAGGUAGCCAAAAGAAAGCAAAAUGAGGUAAACAGUGGAUUGUUGCUAGAUGAGAGAUUAUGGGGUACAUGACAAUGUACGGGAAAUGUAGCUUUAUACAGAAACAAUUUUGAAGAGUCUUUGGCUUAGUAGUUUGCGGUGCGAUUUCAUGUAUAGGUUAUGAAUUUUUCUGGCGUCUGGAGAUGGUAUGGACGUGCAAUUCUUAAGUUGGGGGAGGGAUUUAGAGGAACGAAAGAAUUUAUUUCGAAAUGAUUUAUUUACCUUUCGUCUUGGGUUGGGUGGUGAGUUCCUAAGGAUUAAGUUAUACAAUGUAAACUAUUUUAUAUUGGUUUAGUUAUGAAAUGCGACGGAAGAGUGCGUUUGAUUGGAACUA